AUGCCAAUGAGGAAUAGAAAAAUCAAGUCAUUUGAAGAGAGAAAAAGAGUUACUGUAGCAUGUAACAGAUGUCGAUCUAAAAAGACAAAAUGUGAUGGUGGGUUCCCUUGCCUAAAAUGUAUGAAAUCAAAUCAAGAAUGUACCAUAUCAGCUCCAGAAAAGCCUUCCAAUCCUACUGAUUUUAAAGAAAAAUACACCAAGAAUCGAGCCUACACUUGCAAAUUAGAAAGGAUAAUCCAAUAUUUAUUCCCUGAUAUAGAUUUAAAAUAUUUACGAGAAAACACCGACACGUUUGAACGAGAAGUGUGUAUAAAUAAACUGAAAUUACCUCGUGCUGGGGUUCCUAUAACGUCAACUAAGCCACCUGAAUCAGAAGACAGUGAAUCAAAAUUGAACUCAUUAAAGAAUUUCAAUCGUACAUAUGUAUCUCCAACUGACCAAAGUUUUAUUAGAUUCAUUGACAACAGCAAGCACCAAAGGUUUAUGGAAAGAAACACAUUGGCAGCUAGUGUGUUUGCCAAUAGUAAUAUAUAUGCCAAACACAAUUUACAAGUUUUGAUUCAAAAUGCAUUAGAAGUUUUCCCUGAUGAUAACAAAAUACGUAAAUUGGUUGGCAUUUUCUUGAAUAUUUGUGAAACAAAUUAUUUUUAUGUUCAUCAUGGAAAAUUUUAUAAACAAGUGGAUCAAUUACUUUCAAAAAGACAAGAAAAUGAUAUGGGAUAUUUGGUCAACAAUUGGACAACUGUGAGUAUUGUGCUGGUCAUGCUUGCUCUUUCUAGUGGAUUUGAAUUUAUUGCUGAUAAUUCACCAAUGCCCAAAGUCACACCUAACACAACACCAGGGUUAAUGUAUUAUUAUGCUGCAUUACCAUUUGCUGGGUUUUUAAUUGAUUUGAAAUCUGUGGAAAGUAUUCAAUGUUUACUUAUAUUUGGAGUAUUUAUGACAACAAAUAAAUUAGAAAAUUUCCAAUCAAUAGAUGGUGGGUAUACCUUUAUGAAUUUAGCAUUAGAAAUUGCUAUUGCCAAUAAAUUGCAUUUAAAAGAACCUUUUGUGAAUUAUCCUGAUGAAGAUCGUGAAGUGUUGAAGCGUCUUUGGUGGACUUGUUAUACCAUGGAAAGAAGACACGGUGUAAAUAUAGGACGUGUUGAAACAAUAGCACCCGAGGAUAUCACCGUUGAAUUACCCGUUGAUAUACGUGGUCUUUAUAGUAAUCUUGGACUUUCAAAUCAUUUAAGUCAGAUUUCAAUUAUUCAAAUGAAUUAUAUUUUCAGAGAUAUUAUGGAUUUGUUUUAUUCCAAAUCAAAAUCACACAAAGAUCAAAGCAUAUCAAUAGAUCCUAAAAUAAUUAGAAAAUUUGUUGAGGAUUUAGAAGAAUGUAAAUUGAAUUUCCCUAAUUAUACAAAAAUUGAUAAUUUAGAUCCCAGUUCAACCAGAUAUCGUGCCUGUAUUCAUUUGAAUUUGACUUAUUAUUUGGCAAAGAUAUAUAUUGGUAAACCGUUCUUACUAUAUAAAGUUGAAAAUUAUAAACGAUUAAAUGAGAACAAUGGAUACGAAGCUGCGUUUGUUGAUCAUUUGUCAUCGAUUUGUAUUGAUGCAGCAUUUUGUUCCGUUGAAUUAUUGUCAGAAUUACAAAAGUAUAACAAACUAGGAUUAUUUUCAUGUACUGAUAUUAACGUGUGUAACAUUGCCCUAUUUGCCAUUUUAGUGUUUUUGAAAAUUGAUCGGUCAGAAACAACAUUAUUAUUUUUGCGAAAAGGUUUAAGCAUUUUGAAAAUCAUGUCAGAUGGAAGUGCUAGUGCUAAACUGGCAUUACAAAGACUUCGGAAAUUGGACAAAUUAGUAUGUGAUCUCACUGAAUUAGAUGACAUGGAAAAAGAUUUAAAUCCACACAAUGUGUUGGGUCAUGAAUCGGCAUCAAAAGCAUUCCCAAUUGAUAGUAGUAAUCAAGAUGCGGUUUUGGAAUUUGGAAGUUUGCCUUAUGUCGAUUCUAGUACAAAUUUAGGUGGGUAUAUGAAUACUCAACAGUAUUUUUUUGAUGAUAUGGAUAAUAUAUUGAUGUCAGUAGAUGAUGAUAUUUUCAAUCUACAAAAAUGGCUGGAUAUAUAG